AUGGGAUGUGGAGCCUCCAACAGUACUGCAGGCAAGUACGACGCAAGCGAGCAACAUAAGAUUCACUCGCUGGAUGCAGGGUACUUUGUGGACAAUCAUUUGGGUGAGGGCACCUUCCUCACUUACUACGAGCCAGAUGAGGCGCUCAGCUCGAAGUAUGGGGACUUUGGUCGCUACAUCGUGGCCCGUCACCGUCUGACGGAGCAAAAUGCUGCGAUUCAGCCCCUUUCCAAAUCAACGACAACACGAGCCCAGUUGGACAAGCAUAUCUCCAUCCUCAGGAGCCUUGGCCAUCCCAACAUUGCAAAGCUGAAGGAGGCUUGCGAAGAUGAAGCAUCCUACUAUUUGGCUUUUGAACUAUGCACCGGUGGCACCCUGUUGGAAGCGAUAGAGGAUCGCUACGCUGGAGAAUGGGAGGAUUGUGUCCAUGCCUGCACCUUUGCGACCUUUCAGAUCCUGAAAGCCAUGGAGUACAUGCACGAGAAAAAGGUGUGCCAUCGGAACCUGAGCACUGAUGCGGUGGUGCUUCAUGGCAAGGAGAAAACCUUGAAGAAGUGGCAGAUCGUGAUCAACGAUUUUGCUAGUGCUUGUCGGUUCACGCCUGGGCAGAACAUGACGGAGACAGUGGAGUUCAAAGAGGGUUUCAGUCCUCCAGAGUUUAAGGACAAGACUCCUUACACCAAUGCCUGUGACAUCUAUUCGUGCGGAGCUAUCCUUUGUGCUCUGUUGUUUGGAGAUCCCAAUCCUGAUGCGGUCAACUGGAAGAAGAACAUGAGUGCAGAAAAGUCCCUGAUCCUCAGGAUGACCUCUGCGGAUGCGCAUCGUCCCACAGUGGCCGAGUGCUUGGCGGAUUGCUGGUUCAGCACCAUGGAAGACGUCUCCCGUGGCAAGGCAAUUUCUGCGCAAAAUUUGGAGAAUAUGCAACGGUUCUGCAAAUCCAACAAGCUGAAGAAAUUGGCGAUUCACAUUUCAGCAGCACAUUUGAGCGCCCCAGAAGUGCUCAAGAUGAAAGAGAUGUUUGAGUUGGUUGACAAAGACCACAGUGGCGUCGUGUCCCUGGCAGAGCUCAAAAAAGCCAUGAUGGAGUUGAUGACAAGUGGAGGCUACCGAGCAAGAGCAGCCAUUCCUGAAGACAUCGAGAGGCUGAUGGACCUGCUGGACGUUGAUGGCAGUGCGACCAUCUCAUAUCCAGAGUUUAUUGCUGCAAUGACUGACAGAAAGCACUACACGACUGACAGCACUUGCCUAGCGGUCUUCAGGACCUUUGACCGCAAUGGUGACGGCCACAUCAACCGCACCGAGCUUCAAGAAGCACUGAAAUCUGAAUCCUUUAAGGAUUUGGAUUUCAAUCUCUUUCCUGCGAUUGAAGAGGUGUUGGCCUCCGAUCAGGACGGAGAUGGCACGCUGGAUUUUGAAGAGUUCAAG